GCAUGGUGGGAGUGGGUUUGCGAAUCUGGCUGUCCCAAGUAUCCCAGAAUGCCACGCUGCGCUGUCCCGUCUUCUCUUGCCUGAACAGCGCUACAGUACGAUUUGGCUCGCCGUAGUCAGCAUCCAGCCGCUGGAGCAGCAGCUUGCCAUACACUCUGGAUACCUGAAAAAUCCACUAUGACUACAGAUUCAGGUUCGGACUCUGAGUCUAAGCAAGACAAGGAACAGGAGGAGCAGAAGGGGUCUAGCCAACAACAGACUACUCCCCAGCAGCAGGCUCCAGCUGAAGAGGUACAACAGUUUGAUGCUGAGCAGUUUCCAGCUGCAGCUGCUCAUAGCACUCCAGCCAGAAAAGAGCAGAACGGUGACAGAGACGGAGAGGCAUUGCCUGUGAGUAAGCCAGAAUACCAGCAGUUUGAAGACGACAAGGCAUCUCAGAAGUCCUCUUCAAGCAAACUCUCCAAAUCCCCUUUAAAAUCUGUAAAAAGGCCCAAGAAUAUGCAGUGCAAAGUUACUCUUCUGGAUGGCGCGGACUAUACCUGUGUCGUAGAGAAACGUGCAAAAGGACAAGCAUUGUUUGACAAAGUAUGUGAUCACCUCAAUCUCCUUGAAAAGGACUACUUCGGAAUAACAUUCCGAGAUACAGAAAACCAAAAGAAUUGGUUGGACCCUGCAAAGGAAAUCAAAAAGCAAAUACGAAGUGGUGCAUGGCAGUUUGCAUUUAAUGUAAAGUUUUACCCUCCAGAUCCAUCCCAGCUUAUAGAAGAUAUCACAAGGUAUUACCUCUGCCUGCAGCUAAGAGAUGAUGUUGUGUCGGGGCGUCUCCCAUGCUCUUUCGCUACACAUGCCUUGUUAGGUUCUUACACUGUACAGUCUGAAUUGGGUGACUAUGACACAGAAGAGUACGGUACAGAUUAUGUGAGUGAGUUCCGGUUUGCUCCUAAUCCCACUAAAGAACUAGAGGAAAAAGUUAUGGAGCUGCAUAAAAAUUACAAAGGAAUGACACCGGCUGAAGCAGAAAUGCUUUUCUUGGAAAAUGCCAAAAAGCUGUCUAUGUAUGGAGUUGAUUUACAUCAUGCCAGGGAUUCUGAAGGAGUUGAAAUCAUGUUAGGUGUUUGUGCCAGUGGGCUACUGAUAUACCGUGAUAGAUUAAGAAUUAAUAGAUUUGCUUGGCCCAAAGUACUCAAAAUUUCAUACAAAAGAAAUAACUUUUACAUUAAAAUCCGACCUGGGGAGUUUGAACAAUUUGAAAGCACCAUUGGUUUUAAAUUGCCAAAUCAUCGUGCUGCUAAACGGCUGUGGAAAGUUUGUGUGGAACAUCAUACAUUUUUCAGAUUGGUUUCCCCAGAAGCUCCACCAAAGAAAUUUCUUACAUUAGGUUCCAAGUUCCGCUACAGUGGGAGAACUCAAGCUCAGACCCGAAGAGCCAGUUCUCAAAUAGUUCGGCCAGCACCCUAUUUUGAACGUUCCUCUAGCAAGCGUUAUACAAUGUCUCGAAGUCUGGAUGGUGCCUCAGUGAGUGAAAACCACGAAAUAUUCAUGAAGGAUUCCAUGUCCGCUUCAGAGAUGGGCACAGCCCAAUAUGGAACAAUGAAAGGCAUCACGUCUGGGGACCUUAUCACCACUGUAACACCUGAAAAGAAAGCAGAAGAGGAAAAGGCAGAAGAAGAGGAAGUUAAAAUAAAAGAAGAGGAUAUCCCUGAGCCAGCACCAGUUUCCCCAGUCAGAAAUGAGGCAAAGUUACAUAUGUUGCUUGCAACUGAUCCAGAUCCUCCUAAAUGUGUCACUUCUCCUAUCUCAUCUACAAAGAUCUGUAGGAGACGCAAAGAGAAUUUUUGCAAAACUAACGUCCCAAUGAAAAGCAGCAGUUCCUGUAGUUUAAAACAAUUGGAAUUGGAGGCAAAACAAGCUCUUCACAAGGAAGACCAGCCUGUAUUAGUUGCGGGCUAUAAAAAACUGAAAAAAGAACAAAAAGGGGGCACUUUGUUUUCCUUCUCUUUGCAUCUUCCAGAUCUUUCCACUUUCUUAGAUGAUGAUGGUUAUCUAUCAUUCCCUGAUCUCACAGACAUUAAUUUCUUACCUAAAAGCUUUCAACACUACCUCCCUAUUCAGUCACCAUCACUCCUGCCCUGUUUUCUGUUCAUUUUUUUCUUUUUGCUGUCAGCUUCUUUCUCAGUGCCCUAUGCUCUCACCCUCUCUUUUCCCUUGGCUUUGUGUCUCUGCUACCUGGAGCCCAAGGCGGCCUCCUUAAGUGCCACACUUGACAAUGACCUGAGUGACAGUUCAGAGGAAGAGACUGACAGUGAACAGACAGACACUGCAGCAGAUGGUGAAACAACUGCCACUGAGUCAGACCAAGAAGAAGAAUCUGAAAUCAAGCAACAGAAUAGUUUUAUAAAACGAAUAAAAGGGGAAAAUGUGUUUAUCAAACAUAGUAAUCUGAUGUUAGAGGCUACAGAUGACGCCCAAGAGGAGCUAAUCAAGCACCAGACUAAUAUUAGUGAGUUGAAACGUACAUUUUUAGAAACAACCAUGGAAGCUUCUGGACCCACAGAGUGGGAGAAAAGGCUGUCUACUUCUCCUAUCCGGACUAUCCCUAGACUGGAGGAUGCACCAAUGAUAGAGCCCCUUGUGCCUGAAGAUACCAAAGAAACGACUGAAAAAGGUGAACCAGGAGUGACUGAAGUGAAAUAUAAAUCAAUAGAUAUAAAAUCUGAGGAUUCUGACGGCUGGGUAAUAAUAGACAAAAUGCCUGCUAAAGUAACAGCUGGUGAAGUAAAAGAUGUUGCUACCUAUAAAGUAGUAGCAGUGACUGAUACGGUAUAUGGAAAUGCACAAAGCCGAAGCAGUGAAUUAAAAACUUUAGAAGACUUCAGAAAUGAAAUGAAGCUCAGGGAAGAAGAGUUUAAAUCAAAAAGCUAUACCUUGGGAAAGUCCUAUGAUACAAUGUCAGGAAAAGUAGUAACGAUGACGACCCGUACUCGAGAUGGAGACAAAUCUGUUACCUACACUACGCAAGAUCUACAGAGGAAGAUGCACCCCCCCUCAGCAUCCAUUAAAGUUAUUCCAGUUUCAACAGAGUAUGAAAUAUUAGAGCCAGAGGCUGAAAAAAAAGAAGAGAAAAGUAUUUCACUCACCUUUAAGAAAACUGAGUCUCCUUUUACUUCGACCAUUAUUCAGAAGAAAAUUGAAGUAACAGAUUUUCCUAGUGAACAUCGUGAGACAGACAGAUACGCAUUUAUAAAGGAUACUGGACAUCUAAAAGAAAAGCCCAUGAAAACAGAUGAUGUAAUGCAUAGUGACAAGGCUUUGACUGAGUUACAAUUUUCUCAGGAUCCAACUUUUACUAUAGCGACUGCUCACUUUGUAGCUGAAUCUUCACCUACUUCCAGAGUGGCGAUUAAACAAUCCAGUGGCAAAAGUGAUGGUAAAGUCUUCACAUUAGUAGACUCCUCAAGUGGUCAAAUUGGAAAAAUGGAAUGGUCAUCUUCAGCUUUGCAUAGUUUGGCUCAGACUUCAGAAGUGAAGAUGGAUAGUGUUUUCCAAACAUUGAAAGAAGAGGUUCAUCAGGAAGAACACACCGUGAUUAAGCCACCUGUUGUGAAAACCGAAACUGUAAGUUUCAGCAGUGCAGCACAAAUGGAAAGAGAAGAGAUCUCAACAAAGGAAGUACCAGUUAUUCAUACAGAAACUAAAACAAUCACUUAUGAAUCUUCACAGGGAGAUGAUGCCAGUACAGAUCCUGGGAUUCUGAUGAGUGCCCAAACUAUCACAUCUGAAACUACAAGUACCACAACAACAACGCAUAUCACUAAGACAGUAAAGGGAGGAAUUUCAGAAACCAGGAUUGAAAAGAGAAUUGUUAUAACUGGAGAUGCUGAUAUUGAUCAUGACCAGGCCUUGGCUCAGGCAAUAAAAGAAGCCAAAGAGCAGCACCCUGACAUGUCAGUGACCAAAGUAGUGGUACAUAAAGAGACUGAAAUCACACCAGAAGAUGGAGAAGAGUGACUUCAGGAAUAAACCGCAAAUCAUUAUUUAAACUAAGGAUGUCCAAGUGGAGUUAAAUGUGACUUCACGUGCCAACAUCUCCCUAGGGUUAUCUUCCCUGCAUUGGAACAUCUGACAAAAGAAAAUUGCCUAUUAACCAUCACUAUACAGUAUGGACACUCGCUUUCAUAAUUUAGUUCAAUCAAAUAAACAUUCUUAAAUGCAUAUUGCAUGAACCUUGAGCAAUGCUGCAUUUUUAAAAUUUCUUAGAAACUAAUGGAACUAUCCAGGUGCUUUAAUAUACCUGCACGCUAAUUAUAAGGCAGCAGAGUCAAAACCAAUACUUGGGAAAAGAAACAUUACCUAUACCAGUCUUAUGGCCUAACACAAAGAACAAUUUAAAUUGCUAUUUUUAAUUUCUACAUUCUGUAAAAUGCCCAGAUCCCAUUCUGUAGGCUGUAUAUGUUAUAUGCAUAUUGUUAAUAAUGGUUUAGAUGUGCCAACAAUAAUCCUGGCCCCCACCUCUGUUUAUUCAGUCACCUUGAACCUUGUAAGUGGAUCAUAUCUGAUUUUACUGAUAAUGCCUGCAAAAUAAAAAGGUACACUUUUAAAGGACUUACUAUAGUACAUACAGUACUUGUGCAUAUUAGGCAAACUGAUACUAUUAGUAGGUAAUAAUUUAGCCAUUUUUAUUGUAUCAUUUAUGUUUUUUCCAUUGUGUUUCAUGUUAAUUUGAGAAGGCUAAGUAAUGGGAUAUUCCUGUUGUGGCAAAAAAAAAAAAUUAUAUAUAUAUAUAUAUCCGUAAAUAAGAAUAAUGCUGCUUGAACAACAGACUACUUAAUUCACAUUGUGAGAUUGGUUGCUCUAGAUUGAUUGUAUAUUGAUUCAGUCCGUCUCAUUGUACACCUGUCACAGAAGUUUGCUAUGGGGUCCUAAAAGUUCAUUUGACAUUCACUUGUUAGUGGAGAGCAAAGCCUUAAACUACGCCAAGAGAGCGGUCACUCCGAGCUGGUACUGAGUGCGCAUUCAAUGGCUGGGCUUCACUGGAAUCUCAGUGAAGGGAGUAUUUCACCAUUCUGUCAUCUUAUGCAGUACCAUACAUGUUGAAUGUAUGUUUAUGCAUUUGUGAAAUAAAAGUGUUUAAAAUACCUUACAUUAAA